AUGUCGGUUCGCGGAAUUCGAGUUUGGCGUCGAAAUGACGCUCGAUUUCAGCCGUCGAUUUUGGUCGAGAAAAAUGGCAAUUCUGGCAGUUUGCUGUUUCAGGGUGGAGCUAUUGCCAGUUUGGGUAAGUUACAUUUUUUUCGUCUUGAAAUUUGAAGCAUUUUGGUGGUUUUUGGGGGACGUGGCCUAGAAAACCAAGUUGUUCGGUUUCUAGGCCACAGGAUGAAAAAUGGUGUCAGUAAAACCCGGGAAUUCUAGAUUUUGAGCUCUAAAUUCGAAACCUCCAUCAAUCUGGCCUAGAAAACCAACCUCGGCCACCAAAAAACCCCAGAUUUUCUUUCAGAUUCCGAUUCCACCGAAGUCGAACGUCGAACAUACACAAAAAUCGUAGAUGCCUAUGGAUUACUUGGAGUAUUAGCAAUUAGCAAAGGUAUCUAGUUAACAUGAGCAAUGCCCCCGAAAAAUUAUCGAUUUUUCAGAAGAAAGUGUUUUGGUGGCUGUGACCGGUGUGCUUUCAGUUGGACAAUUGUAUGGAGCUGAUAUUUUGAAGGUUUUUAUUGAUUUUCUGAGUUGUCCGAGAGAAAUACACACAUUUUUUGCAGAUCACAAAUGUUGAGUUCAUUUCGCUGAAGUCUUUUGGAUCUGUUGAAGCGAUGGAUACGAGAAUUGUAGAUGUAAGUGAUUUCUGGCUUAGAAAUGGGGAUUUUUGGGGUUCUAGGCCACGAUAUUCUUGCUGACUGUGAUUCUCUGAUAAUUUUGAAAGAAAACCAGGAAUUUGUGUUUCUAGGCCACUAGGCUGAACUCCCCAAGAGCUGAAAAUUGGUGCAAAAUGUUCGGAAUUUCGGGAAUCUGAAAAUUUAGAAAAAUACCUGGUUAUGGCUUAGUAAACCAAAUUUUCUCAAUUCCUAGGCCAUGGGGUCCUGAAAAUUGAUGCAAAAUAUUCAGAAUUUAAAAUAAAAGAAUAUCGUGGCCUAGAAACCCAGGAUUUUGUGUUUCUAGGCCACGAACCUCCCCGGAACCCCCAAAAACCUUCCAAAUUUUCCAGCUGCAACGUCUUCUGGCCUCCCAAAUGUUCUAUUUUUCAUCGCUCCAAUCCUAUGAUUUGACUCGAUCGGCUCAACAUCGCGAUUCGCACGACGGUUCAGAUUCGCGAUUUUUCUGGAAUCGCAGUCUGCAUUUCGCUUUUGAUCGAUAUGGAAUUUCGACUGAUCAAUGGUUGUUGAAAUGUAUGGCUGGGUGAGUUUUUUGGUGGAAAAUUUGAGAAAAACGUGGAAACGUGACCUUAUUUCGUGUUUUUCGAAAUUCAAAAAAAAAAUUUUAUUUUUGAAUUUUAAAAUUGUCGAAAUGGUGGGUGAAUUUCUGUGCGAUAGACCGAAUCUGAUUUCUCAUGUAGUAUUUAUGUUUAAAUUUUUCCAGAUCAGUGCUGGUUCGAGUUGUCUACGUUGGUGCAAAUACGGGACGAGUUGCGCUAAUUUCGAGGCUCAGUUGUGAAAGAGUUGGAACCAGGUAAUUUGUAAGAUACACCUUAGGGUUCUUAAAUACCUUAAGGAUAUUGAUAGUACCUUAAGGAACUUCGAAACACCUUACAAACCUCAGGAACACUUUACAGAACCGAAAUAUACCUCUUGUACCUUUAAAAUACUUCCCGCUCCUAGAGACCCUAAAAAUCACCUAAAGCAAUCAUUUUUCAGAUUCAACGUGCGUGGAGCCAAUUAUUUGGGAGCUGUCGCGAAUUUUGUGGAAACCGAGCAACUUUUGCUUUUUGACGAAAAGGAGUGCUCACUUUUACAGGUAUUUUUCAGGGACCUUAACUUUUUCACUUAAAAAUCACCUUAUCUACUGUAAUUUUUUCAGAUCCGUGGAUCGAUUCCAUUAUUUUGGGAGCAGCCUGGUGUACAAGUUGGAUCGCAUAAAGUCAAACUACGAGCUUUUGAAACGAGUCUUCCAGCUUAUCAUAGGUAAAUUUUUAAAAAUUCAGAAUGCUGAGCUUAAAAUCGAGCUCAGCCAGAGAUUCUGAUUCGAAUGGUAUAUUUAUUGUCUCUAGAAACUCAUUUCUAGCCUGAAUUUGAUCGUGGCCUAGGAAACCACACGAUUGGUUUUCUAGGCCACGCGAGUUUCUUGGCUCAAAGAAGUCCCUUGGAGUUGAAAGUUGGUGCAAAAUGAUCUGAAUUUCAAAGGGAUUCUGAAUUUUUAAAAAUUUGCUAUGUUCCAGACACUUAUCCCAACUCAAACAUCGUUAUGGCGAAUUCGCGAUCGUCAAUUUAUUGGGUCGAAAAGAGGGAGAACGCGUGCUGACUGAAGCCUUCAAAACUCAACAUAGAAAUUCGAAUUUUCAAAAUUCCGUCGAAUUCAUCGAUUUCGAUUAUCAUGCACAAAUGAAGACGUCAAAAGAGGCGAUAAAUAUUUUGAGGAAAAAAAUGACACCGCACAUGGAACAACAUGGAUUUUUCUAUUCGAUGGGAGAGCAGAUUUUGAAGUGGGUUUUUUCGCCGUGAAAUUUGGAGCAUUUUGAGCCCGAAUUUGAUAUGGAAAUAUCCGAGUUUGUCCGGUGGCCUAGAAAUCCAAUAAGUAGAAUUUCUAGGCCACCUAGAAACCCCAGAGCUCACCAAGAUCUUAGAAAUCCCCUGAAUUUUCAGACGACAAACUGGAAUAAUCCGAACAAAUUGUCUCGAUUGCCUCGAUCGCACCAACGCUGUCCAAACACAAAUCGGACUCCAAAUGUCAAAAUCACAAGUAGCAUUUCUGAAUUUAAAUUCAGGAAAAGUGAAUGUUGAGCAAAGAGUUGAGGAGAUUCUCAAGGAUUUGUGGACAAAAAAUGGAGAUCAAUGUAGCACUAUUUACGCGGGAACCGGAGCAUUGGAUGGAAAAAGCAAAUUGAAAGAUGCGUCGAGAAGUUUGGCGCGAACUAUACAGAAUAAUCUGAUGGAUGGAGCCAAACAGGAAUCGUUUGAUUUGUUUUUGACCGGAGCAGCUUAUGAGCCGAGAUUGUUUGAUAGAGCGUGUAAUAUGUUGCCGCCGAGUUUGAUACAGGGUGAGGUUUUGGAAAAAUUUCAUAAAAUUUCGACUCUGGGGAUCUUUGAAACCCGGAAAAUUGGAUUUUUGAGGAGAAAUUGAUUAAUUCAACUUCUUCGUUCUCUGGAACCUUUUUAAUGAAAAAUUAUGAAAAUUUUGAACCCGGGAAUUUUUUGAACAUUGAAUUUGGAUUUUUCUUGAAAUGCAGAAUUUUGGAAUCCUGAAAAUUUGGAAUUUUCACAUCUUAAAAAUUUUAGUCAUGCUUUUCAAGCUUGAAAUUGACUACUGGGAGUUCUGGGACCAAAAAAGUCGGAAAAAUCGGAAAUUUCUGAGCCUUGAAGUCUUGGGACCCUGAAAAUUGAAUUUUCCAGCAAAUUUUGAUCUAAAGACUAUUUGAUUUUGAUUUUUUAAGUCCAAAAUUUGAUUCCUGAGUUCUCCGGGACUUUUGAAAUCAGAAAAAUCAUGAAAUUUUGAGCUUAGGAAAUCUUGGCACCCUGAAAAUUAAAAUUAUCAGAAAAUUUUGAUCUAGAAUUUUUCUAAACGAUUUUUGAGCCCAAAAUUUGAUUCCUGAGCUCUUUGAGACCUUGAAAAUCCAAUUUUCUCUCAAAAUUUGACCAACGUACCUGAAAACUUGAUUUUUCCAGAACAUUAUUAUUAUCACGGUAAGUUGAUGUUGUAAUUCUGUAAAUUUGUUGUGAUGUGGAAUUUUUUUCUCAAAAAACAAGAAAAAGCUUUGUGAUUUAGAGCUUGUGGCCUAGAAAUUCAGAAAAUUUGGAUUUCUAGGCCACCAAGCUUAUAUUCAACAUGAAUUCUUCGUGACCUAGAAAAUCCGAAGUGUAUUUCUAGGCCACCAGACCAAAAUCAUAUUCAAAAUGCUCCAAUUCUUGUGCUCUUCCAGAAUACGCUGACGCCGUGCAACAACUCGUCGAACGCGCCCCGGAAAUCGCUGAAAAUCAUCCGCUCAAAAUCUUCGUCGGCACGUGGAAUGUGAAUGGCGGAAAAAACAUUCACAACGUCGCAUUUCGCAACGAAUCCAACCUGUCGCAUUGGAUUUUUGCCGAAUUCGCCGCCUCGAAUUUGGUUUGUGUGGAAAAUGAGGAAUUGGCGGAUAUUGUGGCGAUUGGUGUGGAAGAAUUGGUGGAUUUGAAUGCGAGUAAUAUGGUGAAGGCUAGGUAACUCAUUUUGGGUGGGAUUUGGCGGAUUUAUGGUGGGAAAUUUGUGAUCGGCCCGGUGGAAUUAGCCCAGGGUCAAUGAAACUAGAUUCUAGUUCAGUUAACUAAAACUAGACUCUAGUUAAGCUACUGGAAAAACUAGACUCUAGUUUAGCUAAAGUUGAAGCUUAGCUACAGUUGAAGUUCAGCUACAGUUAAACUAGAUUGUAGUUUAGCGGCAGUUAAACUUGACUCUAGUUUAGCUAUAGUUAAAAUAGACUGAAGUCAAGCUACAGUUAAACUAGACUCUAGUUUGGCUACAGUUAGGCUAAACUAUAAUUUAGCUACAGGAAAACUAGAAUGAAGUUUAGCUACCGUUAAACUAGAUUGUAGGUUAGCUACAGUACUGAUGUUGAAAGUACUGUAGCUAGGCAUUUUUGAUCAAUUUUUCGAAACGUAUAAAUCUGAUGUAGGUUUUAAAGGGCCCUACAGUAACCCAGACCAGAUUCGAAAAUAAGAUGAUCUAGACUAGAAAUUGCACUACAGUAAUCCACUACAGUAUCUCCCAAGUAAUUUAGAUUUUUUAUAACUUUCAAGCUACAGUACCCUCUUUUCUACCGUAAAAAACAGAAAUUUCUGAGAUAGAUCUACAGUAAUCCUUCUAAGCUACAGUAAUCCUUCUAAGCUACAGUAAACCAUUUCUGAACAGAAUCAGCAUCCUGAUCUUUUCAAAAGACUACCGUACCUUCCCCCAUAGUACCUGCCCCUACAGUACUCCUUUUUUCUCUACAGUACCACAAAUCAACGUCUCUGGUGUGAAUCGAUCCGCAAAACCCUCUCCGAAAAGGCGCCAUUCGUCCUGAUUGGCUCCGAACAACUCGUCGGAGUUUGCCUCUUCCUAUUCGCUCGCCCUCGAAUUUCGCCCUACAUCAAGGAUUUUUCGGUGGCAUCGGUGAAGACUGGAAUGGGCGGAGCCACUGGCAACAAGGUAACCUUGAAAAAUCGCGCCGCAAAAUUGCAAAACCCAUCUUUUUGCAGGGCUCCGUGGCUUUUCGCAUCGUCGUCUUCUCCACGUCGAUUUGUUUCAUCUGCUCGCAUUUUGCCGCCGGACAAAAUGAGAUUCGAGACAGGAAUGAGGAUUUUGCGACGACGCUCAAGAAGAUCAGAUUUCCACUCGGAAGGGAUAUCGAAAGUAAUGAUGUGGUUUUCUGGUUUGGCGAUUUUAAUUAUAGGUAGGGUUUUUGGGCAUGGUUUUGUGGGCGUGGCCUAAAUAUGGUCAAAUGAGGCUUUAUUUUGUAGAGCUCAACUAGAGCUUUAAAAUGAGAUCUCAUAUGACUAUUUUUAAUGCGGCAUGGUUUUGUGGGCGGGGUUUAUUUGGUUUCGUUUUGUAGCGAAUUUCGAGAGCUUUAAGAUGAGACCUCACAUGACUAUUUUUAAUGCGGCAUGGUUUUGUGGGCGGGGCCUAAAUAUAGUCAAGUUUGGUUUCAUUUUGUGAAGCUCAACUAGAGCUUCAAAAUGAGAUCUCAUAUGACCAUAUUUUAUGCGGCAUGGUUUUGUGGGCGGAGCCUAAAUAUUAUCAAAUGAGGUCUUGUUUUGAAGCUGUUCUCUUCAAUACCUAAGCCACGCCCACUGUUGUAUGCCGCAUCAAAAUUCCUAAACCCAUUUUUCAGAAUAAAUUUGUCUGGAGAUGAAGUCAAAAAUGCGGUCAGAAAUCGAGAUUUCGCAAAACUUGUCGAAUUCGAUCAACUCACUCAACAAAAAGCCCAAGCCAACACAUUUAUCGGAUUCCAAGAGGGCGAUUUGAAUUUCGCGCCAACCUAUAAAUACGAUACAUUUAGUGAUGAUUAUGAUACCAGCGAGAAAUGCCGUGCACCCGCUUGGACUGAUCGAGUUUUGUGGAAAGAUCAGCGGGGAGAAAGAUCGACGCGAUUGAUGAGGUUUGUGAAGGCCUAGAAUUUGGAUUUCUAGGCCACCGAGCUCCCCAGAAGCUUUAGAAUGCUCCAAAAAUCUCGAAUUUUCCAGCUAUGAUCGAUCGGAGCUCAAAACUUCGGAUCAUCGACCUGUUGGAAGUAUUUUUCAACUCGAUACCUAUAAAAUUGACAGCAAAAAAUGUAUUGAAUUGAUUGAGGAUGUUGUUGAGUGAGUUUUGGGAUUUUUUGGGGGAAAAAUCUGGAAUUUUCUGAAAAAUAUGAAGAUUUUCCUAGAAAAAUCAAUUUUCUUGGAAAAUCUGAAGAUUCCCCGUCAAAAUCCUGAAGUUUUCUGAAUUUUCUCAAAUUUUCAGAUCAAUGGGACCACCGGAUGGUACAAUAAUUGUGACUAUAGUUGGAAAAUCCCGUUUCCCGCCUUCGAUGUUCCAACCGGUUCACGAGAAGUUGAAAGAACUUGGAGCAACUGUGCAAUUGAGCAAGUAGGUUUUUUGGAGCAUUUUGAUGGGAAAUAUGCCGGGGUUACUGUAGUUUUGAGGGGUACUGUAGCUAGUUUUGAAGGAGUACUGUAGGUCUGAAAAAUUUACAAGUUUUCAGAAAUUGAAAUGAAUUGAUUUAGAGUACUGUAGAUCAAAAGGUACAGUAAUUUUUGAGCCUAGUAAAUUUUUUCCAGAUUCGAAGACGGUGAACUUUGGAUAAUCCUGAAUAGCGGUGAAAUGGCCCUCGCAGCCUUAUCCAUGGAUGGCCUAAGCCUAAAUCAACCACAAGAAGGCCCACAAAUUAUCAAGGUCCGAUUACGAUCCCCCGAUUGGGCCUAUAGCCUCAAACCGCAUUUAUCCGAUUUCGAUCUCGAAGCCUUUGAAAUCACUCCAGCUGAUGAGAAUCUGCUAAUUGCCACGUCAGCAGCAUUCGAAUUUGAAGUUGAUGAUGAAGAUGAGCUGGGCUCGAGCCUAAGCCUUAGCUCCGCGGCUCCAGAUAGGCCACGCCCACCAUCUGCAAGAUCGGAAAAUAUCGGAUUUGGCCCGCAAAUUCAGCAGGAGAUUCUGUCGACGUCGAUGCCGAUGUCUGCGUCUCUCGCGUGGGAACAUGUUCCGCCAUUGGCUCCGCAUCCUUCGAACUCGACCCAGCAGCAAAGUUGCCUGUUCAACCCGUUUACUCAAAGUGCUCCACCGCCACCGCAACGCGUUGCGUCUGCGACGCCUGCGAUUCCCCAACGGAGAGCUCCGCCUCCUGUUCCGCCACCCAGACCGCAGAUUCCACCGAGGCCGAAAAUGUAG